ACGAACCGCUUGGUUCCAAUUCUGGACUUGCCCCCUUCCACUCUUUUGUCUCCUCACCGUCCCUCAUCGCUCGCAAGAAAGAUCAAGGCUCCACACGGUAAGUAAAGAGAGGAGAAACAAGAGAAAUAACCCUAGAAGACGAGCCCUAAUGGCGGAUGCGGAUCCGGAUCCGGCUUAUUCUCCGCCGGCCGUGGCUCCUCGACUGUCGCCCCCUGUCUUUGGAUCUGUUGCUUGUGGUCUCUGAUGAAGGUCCAGUUUCAACCGCUAGGGGAUCGGAUCACGGAAUUGAAUGAAUCGCAGUCGGAGUUGUUGCUCAGACUUCAAGGACUGAAACAAGACAUGCAAAACUGGAGGUCAAAGUUGGACACACAAGUUAAGAUAUACAAGGAUGAGCUUUCAGAGCUCAAAAAGGUGCUGAACACUGAACUUGAGCGGCUGAGAUCGGAAUUCACGGAACUGAGGACCACUCUUCAAAUGCAACAAGAUGAUGUCACACUGAACCUCAAAAACUUAGUGAUUCAAGAUGCACCUGAGCGAAUUGAAGAACCAAAAAAUCUCAAGGUGGAGGAUGGCGUGGAGAAACCAGAAGCUCCUUCCUCAGGCAACUCCUAACUCGGUUAAUAAAUAAAUGGUUUUGUUGUAAGUAAUACAGAUGGUGCUUUGUGUAUGACCAGCUGUACCACUGAGGGAUGCUACUAGGAACUUGAGUGAUACAUUGCAUACAGUCACAGACAAAUUUAUUACAAUACAUGUUUUUUAGUAUGGAUUUACAAUGUGAAAGGCCAACAAUUACGUUGGACCUUUUACUAGAUUCAUCUUGGUUGCAUGCGUCUCCCAUUAAGUUCCGAAGCCUCAUUGUAACUACUCUGUAACACCAGCUUUGAAUGGCAGGUAUAAGCAUGUGCCAAUGUAAAUUUUUCAAUCUGUGGAAUUGUUCAUGCAAUGUAUUGAGCAUCUAUCAUGUUAUUUUU